AUGCUCCUCUCGAGCAGACCUACCCCCUCCGAACCUAAACCAUCGAAAGGAGUACCACUGGAGGCCCUACUUGCCAGAGACGUCCGGCAGAACCACGUUGAGUUCAACGAGAAGCUCCACCGAGACUUUCCUGAGCAACCCGUCGUGCCUGUCCUGGGCAGCGAGCCUAACUUCUAUCUCGUCCAUACUAUGAAGGCGGCUAUGGAGGUCACCGCUAAGUCUGAAUACUUCUCGAGUAACCCUUGGAUGGACGGCCGCCUGGUUGCCCUCAACACGAUGAACAAGACAGAUCAUGACAGAGUGUUGAGGACGGUUAAACGGUUUUACGGUGCUUCCAAGGUCAAGAACGUUUAUUCGGAGAUCAUCGAUCGCGCCUUCGCCACUAACCGGCCCUUCCUCCACACUACUGGAGAUUUGGUAAGGUGGGCUAAGCGUGUCCACAUGUACACCUCGCUCUGUGUUGCUGGCAUAUCUGAUGACCCUACUACUGAGCUGAUCGACAGGUUCAUAGCAUACAACGAUGUUGCUGUCCGUCUGGUCUCGCCCCUGGGAGGCAUCGGUCGGCGACCAGUCCUGUCCUCAACCGUCAUUCUCAGUUUCAUCAAAGGCUUACUUGCAAGCAUCCGUCCGACCCUGCGGUUGGUGAUGGAGGUUGGGCUCUGGUCUACACUGCAGAUCCUCCGCCCAGACGUGUCCCUGCGGCCUACCAUACGGCCCUAUAUGCACGUAUGGGAGUACCCCCACCUCCUCGCGCAGACUCCCGACUACUUCAUCGCCCUCAAUCGGGCCCUUCAAUCACCAAUGCCAGGAACUCCAACAGAGUCCCUCAAGGCCGCGGUACUUCUCGGCACAAUUUCGACGGCGGAGGCGCUGACACUAAUGGUCCAGUUGAUGGUAAACAUGACAACUGCCAACGGGUUGUUGAACCUAGCUUCUCGGAUCGCUACUUGCGAGUCGAGCAUGUUGCCGAGGCCUGGAGAUGACGAAGGUGUUUUGGAGUUCUGUAAGGAGUGUAUGAGGCUCGAGCCACCACUGAUGCGGAACCCCCGAACUGUUAUAAAGUCGGGCGCGACUAUCGGAGGCAUCACCAUCCCGAAAGGCAGCCUCCUUCUUAUCAUGAUAGGGGCCGCCAAUGUAGAUCCCGAGGCAUUCGGAGAGGAUGCGGGGGAGUUCAAGCCCGGCAGAGUGUCGGAGACUAACUCCUUGACAUUCGGCUCAGGUCUGCAUUACUGUCUUGGACGCUUCCUCACUGAAGCGCAGGCUCGUGCCGCGUACCCAGAGUUGGUAGGCGAGGACGGCCACCACGUGGUCAUCGACGAGACCAAGGAGAAUGAGCGUGUUUCUGACGUUGAUGUUGGCAACUACGGUUGGAAGAGCCUCUAUGCUGUUGUCAGUUCCCUACCAAAAUGA